CAAUUUUCCUUUUACCCCACUUCUUUCAAACCUAAGAAAAAUAAAAAAUGCAGCGGUUGCAGCUUCCAGCGCGCCUCGUAAAGUCUCUGCCUCUUUGUUCGUUGCCAUCCACUCUUCAAGAAAUUGCUUUUCCUCAUCCAACUAAAGGCAUUGCAAAAGUUGUAUUGAAAAAGGGAAAGACACAACUUUUUAAGGAGGGAAGCCCAAUGGUGUACAGUGGAGCAGUGGACAGAGUAAUAGGUCGACCACCACCCAAGACUGGAGACAUUGUGGUUGUAACUGACGGGGCUGAGAAACCCAUUGGCUGGGGCAUGUUUAAUUCAAAAUCUAUGUUCGCUGUUAGGCUUAUGCAAUUAGAAGAAGAAGUACUGAGAGAUCCUUCUUGUGCAUUAAACAUGGAGAAAUUACUCCGAACAAGAAUUGAUGCUGCCAUACAGUUACGUAGGAGGUUGCGUCUGCCCUCAACUCUCACAAAUGCUUUUCGCGUUGUUAAUAGUGAAGGAGAUAGAUUGUCUGGAUUAAUUGUUGAUGUCUUUGGAGAUUUAGCGGUAAUAGCAUCUUCUGCUGCAUGGGUUGAAAAGUACAAACCAGAAGUAGAGGCUUGCAUCAGUAGAAUGGAUGAAAUUAAUUAUAUAAGCUGGAGACCAUCCGUUGAAAUCUUAAAAGAAGAAGGAAUCAAUGUGUCAGAUUUGAAAGAAAUGCAUCCAUCCAUUUGUCAUGAAAGAACAAAGGUUGUGGAAAAUGGAAUUUCUUAUGCAAUAUCCUUGAAGGGUCAAAAGACUGGAUUUUAUGCCGAUCAACGUGAAAGUCGAGAAUUUAUAUCAACAAUUUCAGCUGGUCAGAGAGUUCUUGACAUUUGCUGCUACAGUGGAGGUUUUGCUCUCAAUGCAGCAUGUGGAGGUGCCAUAGAUGUUUUAGGUGUUGACACAUCAUUGCCUGCUCUAGAGCUUGCUAGAGAAAAUGUUAUUCUUAACCAGCUGGACCCGGGACGAAUAUCAUUUUUAAGAGAAGAUGCAACCGAGUUUAUGAAGGGAGCCUAUUCCAGAAAAGAAUCAUGGGAUAUAGUUAUCUUGGACCCGCCUAAAUUAGCUCCACGAAAGAAGGUUCUACAAAGUGCAGCAGGCAUGUACAGAAAUCUGAACUAUUUUGCAAUGAGAUUGAUAAAGAGAGGUGGUCUUCUCAUGACAUGUUCAUGCUCAGGGGCCAUGACCCAAAGCGGGAAAUUCUUAAGCGUUCUCCAGGGUGCUGCAUCAACAGCAGGAAGGAAAAUAACAAUUCUACGACAAGCAGGGGCAGCUUCCGACCAUCCUAUUGACCCAUCCUACCCAGAAGGCACAUACCUCAGCAAUAUCUUAUUUAGAGUACUAUAAAGGUCUCGUGUAACAAGCUUACUUGUACACAAACAUAAUGCAAACUCUGUGCUGACAAUAGUUGAAUUUAAUACAUUGACAAAAGUGAUCACAAUCAA